AUGGCAACCGUUCUUUCUCCACAAGAAGUCUCUCAGCACAACACCAAAGAUGACUUGUGGGUCAUCAUUCACGGCAAAGUCUAUGACCUUACAAACUUUUUGCCUGAGCAUCCAGGUGGCCAGCGCAUCAUCCUAAAGUAUGCCGGCCAAGAUGCUACGGAUGCGUUUGAUCCCAUCCAUCCACGCGAUAUCAUUGAUCGCUACCUUUCACCAGACGUAUGCAAAGGUGAAAUUGAUGCAGGCGCAUUGGCCAAGGUAGAAAAGGUGGAAACAGAAGCAGAAAAGCGUGUGCGACUGGCACGUGAGAGCAUGCCUCGACUUGACGAGAUGUAUAACGCCUUUGACUUUGAGUCGGUUGCAAAGACGGUACUCAAACCUGAUGCUUGGGCUUAUUACAGUAGCGCUGCCGAUGACGAAAUCUCCAUGCGUGAAAAUCACAAUGCCUUUCACCGCAUCUGGCUCAGACCUCGUGUUAUGGUGGAUGUCAAGAACAUCGAUAUGAGCACUUUUAUGCUUGGCACUCAAGUAUCGAUGCCGCUUUAUAUCACGGGAACUGCGUUGGGAAAGUUAGGCCACCCAGAAGGCGAGCUAGUGCUGACCCGCUCCGCAGCAGAAACCAACAUCAUCCAGAUGAUUCCCACACUGGCAUCCUGCUCCUUUGACGAGGUUGUUGAUGCUGCUUUAGCCACUCAGACGCAGUGGCUCCAGCUCUAUGUUAACUCGGAUCGGGAAAUCACCAAGGCGUUUGUGCAACAUGCAGAGAAGCGCGGAAUCAAGGGCUUGUUUGUUACUGUUGAUGCGCCGCAGUUGGGUCGGCGGGAAAAAGACAUGCGUGUCAAGUAUUCUGACGAUGCUCCAGGAGAGAUGGAAAAGAAGGAGGUGUCGCGUGAUGAAGGUGCCGCUCGCUACAUUAGUACUUUUAUUGACCCUUCACUCAGCUGGAAGGAUCUGUCGUGGCUCAAGAGUAUCACCAAUAUGCCCAUUAUUCUCAAAGGCGUCCAAACUCCUGAGGAUGCAGUUCUGGCUUACCAAAACAAGUGCCAAGGCAUCGUCUUGUCCAACCACGGUGGUCGACAACUCGAUUUUGCUCCAUCUGGUAUUGAGAUUUUGCCGGAAGUGAUGGAUGCAUUGCGCCGUCAAGGACUCAAUGGCAAGGACUUUGAGGUAUAUGUGGAUGGUGGCAUUCGUCGUGGAUCGGAUAUUUUUAAAGCAUUGGCGCUCGGUGCUACAGGCGUAGGCAUAGGAAGACCAGCUCUGUUUGCUAUGUCAACCUAUGGACAAGCAGGUGUGACACGUUUGAUCCAGUUAUUCCAGGAUGAGCUUUUAAUGUGUAUGCGUCUUAUGGGUGCUCCCACGGUAAAGCACAUUACGCGCGAAAUGGUCGACAUUCGUAAUCUCAAGGACCAUUUCGUUGCCAACCCCGUUGACCAUUUGUCACAUGGGGCAUAUGAGCGCAUGGUACCCAGAGGCAUGCUCUCAAAAUUAUAA